AUGGUUAUGCGGUUACCAGGAACCGUUGCGUCCCUAGGCAAUUCCGUCGCCGUUGGCCAGGCGAGAGAAACCACAUGUGCAUCGACAGGUUCUUUCGCACCAUUGGCUUCGCUAAGAGUUUCUUCGCUAAAAUCCUCCCCGCUAAGAGCCAAUCCUUUUUCUCAGAUUCAAUCAUCCGGCCAAACGAAUCUGAGACAUCAACGUCAUCAAGCCACGUGGCGGUCCGUGCGUGCCCAAAGCCAGCAGCCCGAAUCCAGCUCCACCAGAAGUACCUCUAAUGAUGGCCACGUCAGCAAUGCUGACCUGGACUUGCCAGAGUCGGUGGCUGCCAAGGUGGCAACCGUUGGCGAGCUUGACCUAUCACCGCUUUCGCCUCCUGCUGACGUGGAGAUCAUUGAUACGACGACAGCCAUGAAGACCGUGGGAUUCUGGGUGGCAGCAGCGACAGCCUUUGGUCUAGGCAUUGGUUUCGUGGAAGGGCCGACCAAAGCGUCAGAGUUCUUUGCUGGGUAUCUAUUGGAGCAGAGCUUGUCGGUGGAUAAUCUCUUUGUCUUUGUCCUCAUCUUCUCUUACUUCAAAGUGCCUACACCAUACCAGCCUCGGGUGCUCACGUACGGCAUUGCCGGAGCUGUGAUAUUCCGAGCCAUCAUGAUAGGCCUGGGCAUAGCAGCCAUCCAAGCCUUUGAAGCCGUGAACCUGCUGUUCGCUGCCGUCCUCAUUUUCUCUUCUUAUAAGCUACUAGCAGAGGCAGAGGACGAGGACGAUGACCUCUCCAACAACUCUGUCGUCAAGUUCUGCCAAAAGCUCAUCCCUAUAACGGAUUACUAUGAUGGCAACAAGUUCUACACCACAACAGCAGCAGGCGUGCAAAUAGCCACUCCGCUCCUCCUCACUCUAGCCGUCGUCGAGCUUUCAGACAUUGUCUUCGCAUUUGACUCCAUCCCAGCAGUCUUUGGCGUCACUCGCGAUCCGUUCAUCGUAUUCACAUCCAAUAUUUUUGCCAUUCUCGGCCUGCGAUCUCUCUUCACAGUCAUUGCAACCAGCAUGGCGGAUCUGCACUACUUGCAGCCAGCCAUCGCGGUGGUUCUCGGGUUUAUUGGCUCGAAAAUCUUAGCCGAGUUUUGCGGCGAUGCAACCAGCAUGGCGGAUCUCUGCUACCUACAGCCAGCCAUCGCUGUCGUUCUCGGGUUCAUCGGUUCCAAGAUCCUAGCCAAGUUCUGCGGUCCUCCGGCCAUCGCGGUGGUGCUCGGGUUCAUCGGCUCCAAGAUCCUAGCCAAGUUCUGUGGUGAGUGCACCCUCUUUCCAUGUAUGGCAUGCCGUCCCACAUGA